AUGGUCAACCAGAGGCAUCAGUUUGCCCCUUUCACGAGCGAUGGGCUGAAGUACCAUGCAGAAGAGCUAAUCGCUCCGUCCCACAGCGGUAGCGAAGCGAGUCCUGGCAAUGUGAGUGCCGCCUACUCGGAAAUGGGCAUCAAAUACUUGAAGGCACACGGGCUCUGUGACGGUCGGAAGGACUAUCCCGCGCCGGUUGCCCCGUAUGGGGGGGAUGCAGUGGGGAUGAUGCUCACUGCCAAGGCGCCCGAUCCAUACGUCAGCAGCAACAACGCGUUUUUCGAUCCCAAAGGCCUUCCCGGUCACUAUGAUGACAACCUCUUCUCAAAGCCCCCAGCCUUGGGCUCCUCGCAUAUGGAUGACAUGUACUUAUGCCGGGAUGACAUCAACGCCAGCUCCUUCGAGCAGAAGCAUGCCAGCAUCUCCCCAUACGCUGCAGAAACGCCGCAGGGCAAGGUCUCCUCCCCUCUCAGCUUCGAUUCCUCAUCGAUAUUUGGAGAGCUUCCCGUCACCGAGUUUGAUCCGCCGUUGUACGAGAGCGUUUCUGCGAACAAGGACAAUUACGUGACAACAUUUGCCUGCCCCGGCAAUCCCCCCAGCAAGCCGCUGCCAUUUGAGCAACCGUAUCCGCCGUUCAUGCCGGAGAAAGACUGGUCCCUCAUGGAGGAGGUGGCUCCGAUGCUGCCAGAAGACAUGACUCAGUUCCACAGCCUUUCAGUGGAGAAGCCACUAGCCAAGAAAUUCCCCGAGGAAGGACCUGUCCCCACCAGCCAACUCUCCCUGCCGCUGCCGGACAGGAUAACAGAUUAUAACGUGACUUUUAUGAACAACAUCUCAGACGAUGAGUUGGAGAUCAAGCGAUUAGUCACAGAGUUGGAAAGUCAACUGCAAACCAGCAAGCUGGAUAGCGAGGCAUCCGUCGCCCUUCAGAAACCCGAGCAACACGUCGCUGCCCAUCUGCGAGGACAGGCGGCUGAGCAGUUCCCACCGCUGCCGGUCGAGCAAGAGAUGGGCCAGGAGAAAGGACUGUUUUUGGCAGACGAGCUGGGCAGUUCAAGCCUCUGCGUCGGGGAGAGGCUGGAGGGCGAGAAGCCGGCCGUCGCGAGCACCCGUGGGGACUACAGGAGACCCAGGGAGCCCUGGCCCUGCCCGGUGGAGCUGGGCUCGCUGGAGGCAGGGAUGUGCACACCAGCCCCAGCUCCGGGGAGCUGCUCCAAAGACAGCGGGGAGCAGCUCCGGGGCGGGGAGGCUGCCAAGGAAAGUGACCCUGGAAAGAUGGAAAAUGGGUCUUCCUCCAAAAGUCUACCUGGCUCACGCACGCCAGACCAAACAGAGGCUCCGGUCUACACAGACCCUGUGACAAAAAGCCCUCCUGUUGUCACCGACUCCGUGUUCCCCAAGACCCUGGAGGCAGCUGAAGCGACCAAAGAUCCCCUGCCAUCCCUGCCAUGCCAGCGUGGUGCCGAGAGCUUCCCCGUGCCGCAGAAAGCAGAUGAAAGCUUUGCUGAUGCUGCAGAGCGGGAGAAGUUUGAUGCACAUCUUCCAAACCGUAAACCUGAAUUUGGCUUUCAGCAAGGUCCUACCCCAGCCUUGGAUCUCGCCUUUUCGCCUCAUGUCAAAGAGGUCCCAGAUACAGAAGAAAGACCCUUAAGCAAGCCUGAGUCACCCAAAAUGGUGAAAAGCACCAUGGACUUCAAAGGGGUUGGUGGUGGGUCUGCGUUGGUGGAAGAAACGGAGGAGAGGAAGAGCCCCACCACCUAUCCAGCCCCCGGACCCGGUGACAAAGCCAGCAAGCAAAAAGUGCUGCUGUUCGAUAUGCUGAGUCUGCCCAAGGAGAGCGACUGCAGCUCCCAGAAGAUGUUGGCAUCCCAGGAGACGAGUGCCAACCCUCUGCAGCAGCUCCAGCUCUUCGUUGCCCGAACGGUGAAGAGCAACGAAGAGGAGCUGUUGAUGCCGUGCUUCCCCAUGCUGCUUGCUCCCAGCCACCCCUCUGCCACCGCCCGCGUCCAGCCGGAGCAGAAAGAGGAGAGUGGUGGUGCCUUGGAAGGGGAAAAUCGGACAUACAGCCCUGCCCAAGGGGAGGGCAACGUCCCCAUUGGAGGCAACGCAGAAAAUACUGCUGCCCCAGCGAAAGAGGCUGUGCUUUUCUCCGGUGCAUGCGAGCAGCUGGAGUCAUUCAGUGCAAUGGGCUCUUACCGUGCAAAACAAUCAACAUUUGCGAAGCCAGAGCUGCAAAAUAAUGUAACGGAGCUGCAGCACUUAGCAAAUGAACAUGCGGAGCUGAAUGACAUUAAUAUCUGUGCAGAUGGUGUUCCCCGAGAACGUAAUGACCUCUCGACACUCAAAAACACAGCGGUGACCCCACUGCCAGGGCAAGCAAAGAAAGCUGAUCAGCUCAUGGAAGAGCCGGAGCAAGAUAAAAACAAAGCGACCUUGGCAUUUAAAAAACAUGAGCAAUCCCAUUUAAGCCGUAGUUUGCUCGAGAAAGAAACGCUGGGCAGUGCAGCAGCAGAGAGGCUGGAAAGGAAUCAGGUGGGGCAGGGAGCACAGCCCCAGCGCAGCGCUUCCACGAGUCCCACCAGCCCCCCCAGUGCCUCCAAGGAGGAUCUCCACCAGGAUCACCGCUUGGUGCCGGAGACGAAAGCUGGCGCAAUCAGUGCAAAGGUUCCCAGAGAAGGAAAUGGCAAGAAGAAGUCCCUCAAUGGCUGUCACUACACAGGCGAAUCUCCGGCCAGCCUGCCCUUGCCGACCAAUUUUUCUCACCCCAAAUGCUUGCAAAGCGGUGGGGCCGAGGGAGGAGAGGUCCCCAGCUUUGGCACUCAGCUCUCGGAUGAGAAGAAAUACGGCAUGGAUGGUCCCCAGAAACCGCAUGGGAAGGACUGCUCUCUUCCCUGCUCGCCGCCUUUCAACCAAGAGGGUGUUGGGAAAGAGGUACCUGAAAGUGCUGGUGCUGUGCUGUCAAGCUCUUGUCUUCAAGAAAACCAAGCUUGCACCGUCACAGAUAUGGUCGUUAACUCCAUUCCUCCGGAAGCCCAGGAUUACCCAACCCAGCCCACAACAGAUCUUCUGCCAAUCAGAGAAAGAGAGGUAAACCUGAAUCAGGAGGACAAACUUGAAAGCUGCUCUGAUGAUGGAAAUAAGCAUCAAAGUGAACCAGAGGCUUUGCCCAAUGGUUUUAAUGGCCACGAGUUUUCAGAGGCAGCAGAGGUGAGACUUGGUCUUUCCAAAACCACAGAGAGCGGAGGAAAGAGUUUAAAAGGGGAGAAACCCAAAAGCUGUGGGGCUGGAAAAGCUGGGAGUUGUGUGUUAAACAGGAUGGGCCAAGGAGAAGGCAACACGCCUAACAGUACUCCAAACCCUUCCCAAAAUGAACUUCACAAAGAAAAGAAGCCAAAUGGGCUCCCGGUGACCUGCGACAUUUGUUCAGCCACUUUCCGGUCCAAGCCUGGCCUGACCAGGCACAAAGCUGUCAAGCACCAGGUAAAGAACAGUGGCGUACCACAGCCCAGCAAGACUCCCAGGUCCACUUUGAUUCCUGCAGACAAGACAUCGAAAGCAGCCCAAAAGGUACCCAGGAGGAGCCUGAAAACUUCGGUCAAAGAUAAAACCUGCAGCUCACAAAUGCCGACCACCAACGUUGAACACAUCCCCAAGAAAAUAUGCUCAGACCUGGAGAAAGAGCCCAGCGUGCAGAUGCAAGAAGUGGUCAGCAGAGUGCUCAGCGACCUCAGCGUGAUCUCCUUCGAGAUGUCCCAGGAGCUGCACCACAUACGUGUUCUGCAGAGGGAGAUGAAGGCAAAGGGACUGCGCUCGGAGACGAGGGGAGCAGGCGAGGCGGCAGCUGGGAAGCUGGACCUGGGACAGCAAGCCAGGAAGGGAGAAAAGGGCAAAAGGAGCCAAAGCAAAAGUCCUGGAGAGGUGAACAGCAAUUCUGAAAAGAAGCUAAACAGGAAAGUGAGACGAAGGAAAGCAAAGGUAUUUCCCAGCAGAAAUGAGCCCGAUGGUCCAUGUGAGCUGGAGAAGAACACAGGUCCUCCCCCUGCUGUCCUCAGCUCCAGUCUGCCCAGGAUCAUGGAGGGCUUGCAUGAGCCGGGUGGUUGCAUCUCCACAGAGGAGCAAAAUAGGUCCAACUCAACCCAGCACUCUCAAAAAGCUAAACAGUCCCCUUGUGCAGCUGAGCUUGCAGAGGACCUGGGUGACAGGAUGGUGUCUUCAAAGGAGAUGGUCAGCAAGGAGUCAGUAACGGACACGGUCGCCUGUGCUGGGGAGGUGGAAGAUCCAAAUGGAGUGGAAGACACACAGGCUUGCAAAAAAUGGGUUAGCAGGUUUGUGAAGCAAGUGGAGAAGGGAUUGGGCAAGGUAGGCAAAGAGCAGCAUCGUGGUGCUGAUAGUGUGGAGAUGGAUGCUGAGACAGGAGACAGUCCUGCAGCAGGCAGCGGCCCUGAGAACCGGAGCGGUACCACGCAGGGUCCCACGGCUCAGGAGACGUGUGAUUCAGACACCACGCAAAAGGCUCCUGGGCAAGGCGCUCUGCAGACCACGCCAGGGACCAGCCCUCCUCCUGCGGAGCCAAAGCGAUGGGCGAAGGCAGAGAUGCCACUGGGCAGAGAGCACUGCGUGGAGAGCGCGGCCGUCUCGGACCUCCAGAGCUUGUUUGAUGAUGACUCCACGUUCUCCCAGCUGUUCCCCCGGGAUGACCAGUUCAUCCGGAGAAAGUGCACACGGGUGUAUGGGAAGCGCAGCAAGAAACCCAAGCCCGUCACCGAGGUAGAGCUCCGGCCAGCGGGUGCCAUCGACCUCUUCACGAUCCGAUUAGCUUCUGACCUCAGCGAAACCCGCUCUUUCUGUGUCACCAGAGAGGACCCUUGCGAAUAUGAAACCAUCUCUGUUGAUGAUGCCUUAAUGCUGAACAUGUGCCACGGCAGCAAGGCGAAGAGCGGAGAUGCUGCUCCCAGCGGAUCUAAAAGCAUUGCGCCGAGGUCAGACUGCGAGAAGACUGACCAGGGGAAGGAGGAGAUUGACCUGGAAGACAACAUGCUAACCUUCUUGUGCCAAAACAGCCAAGUGGACAACGUCCCCAGCUUGAACAUCUGGGGAAGUCUGGAGAAGGAGGGAGAAAGCCUUUCUGCCGUGGACAUGUUUGAGCCUCUGAUGGACCUUGAGGAUGAGCACUCGCUCAGAGAAGCGAGCUCCGAGCCCCCUGACCUGGCGGAGGAGCCCUACAAUGGCAAGGCCAACGAAGAUUCAGACUCUCCCGAAUUUCAUACCAUCGACAUCGAAAUGCUGAACGCAAAGCUGAAAAUGAGAGACAUGUGCUUCUUCGGCCCUUGCGAAGAUCUUCCUGGCCACGGGGAGGACAACGCUGUGAGUUUCAAGCCGAAGCCGGGCCAGCACAGCAAGCACAGAAGUAAGCUAGAAGAUGGGAAGCUGGGGAAAAAUCGCAGUGAGAUAACCAUCAAGGCCAAAGACAAGCAGUACAAAUGCAAAGUCUGCUUCCAGUGGUUCCUGACGUUAGGGGAGCUGGACUUCCACAAGCUCUCCCAUAACCCUUCCCCUCCGCCUACCUGCUACAUGUGUGUCCAGCGCAAAUUCAGCUCCCGGGAGCAGCUGAGGGACCAUCUGAAGGAGAAGCACGCCAAAAACAAAGCCGGUCUGUGGGCCUGCGGGAUGUGCCUGAAGGAGAUCUCCGACGUCUGGAUGUACAACGAGCAUCUCCGGGAGCACGCCACCCAGUUCGCUCGCAAGGGGCAAGCGCAGAAGUCCGUGAUGGGCCUGCCAGCCUGCUUCGGUGAGGACAAUGCCGCUGUCACCCACUUCCUCAACACCAUCAUGUAUCGGAAGCCCGGCAGGUCCUCCCGGCACGCCGACCCCAGCAGCAAGCACGCGGUGAGCAGAGAGAGCAAGAGCCCCAGGGAGCUGCCCCUCGAGCAGGAGGCCAAGGCGAUGAAAGACCCCUUGGAAGGCAACAUCAAGGCGAAGCCACCUGCACCCAGCUCCUCUAAAGCAUCUGCCAGUCCGUCUCCAGAGCACGUGGCAAAAAGCGAAGGCACCCCAAAAUCUGUCCCCAUGCACCCAGACUGCAAGGAUCCUUCCAGGGACUGUCAUCACUGUGGCAAACAGUUUCCCAAACCCUUCAAGCUCCAGCGGCACUUAGUCGUGCACAGUUUACAGAAGAUUUACUUGUGCCACAAGUGUCCAAUGUUCUACCAGGAGACCAAAGAGCUUCGAAACCACCUCAGCCAGGAGCACGGGAUAGUAGAGGAGCAGGAGAUCAAGCACACCACCCUGUACGCCUGCGAGCUCUGCGCAGACGUCAUGCACGUUAUCAAGAAGUCUUUCAUCUGCAGCAUGUGCAACUACACCUUCUCCAAGAAAGAGCAGUACGACCGGCACAUGGAGAAGCACCUGGUGGGAAGCAACAAGACUUUCAAAUUCAGAGGGGUCACGAGGCCUGGCGUUGCCUCCAGAGAAGGCAGGGAGAAGGCGACGGAGGACGGCUCUCUCCGGGAGGGCAUGCCGCCAAGCAAGAAGAGGAAGGUUGCUCACCACGGCAGCUCACUCCCACGCGGCUCACCGCUCCACCUGGACCACACCAGUGACCUUCAGCUGGUAGAGGCUGCAAGCCCCAGCCUGCAGGCUCCCACUGACUCCUUCCCUACAGCACCCAGUGACCCAGGAGCACCUCUGCCCCAACCCUCCGUGAAAACAGAAGACCUGGUGGGUAACUUCUCCGACCUCCUGGCAGAGAUGGAAAAAUCCCAGUUUGACACACUGCCUCCACCACCCUGCCUCUCCCCAUCUUUGCCGCAGGCUGCGGCGAGCAGUCCGGAGCUCGGCCAUAUCGCUGCCCUGUCUAUCGAGGAGCUGGAGAAAGGAGCGUUUGAUGGGAAACCACUUCCUUUCUUGGACUCGCCCGAGUUUACCAUUGAGCUUGCUGGGUUGGCUUGUAACCAGGCCACAGACCAAAAGCUCUCUCCUCCACACCUGACCGAGAAACGUGGCUACGCCGAUGCCCAUAAAAGAACAAGCGUAGGCAACAAAGACGAAUAUAUAGCGGGUGUCCUGGAAAAUCCCAGUGCAGCCACCGACGCCGUGGAUGGGAUCCCAUUUCUCCAGCUUGCCAAGAAAGUCUCAGAGCUUCCUUCCCCGCAGGCAGAGGCUCCACCGGCCAAGGAGACCCACAGGUGGGGCAACCCUGGUGCCAGCGACACCUCUUCUUGGGAAGAUGCAUCUAAGACCACAUCUCCAGAGGCUGCCCACCACCCCCUGCCCCUGAAGACGGCAUCGCCCACGCUGAACAGGGCU